UAAUUAACCGAACAGAAAUCUGCUACACAAAACGCCGGGUGUAAAAUAAGGAACAUAUUAUUUGUUUCGCUGGAUCACGAGAGUCAAGUCUGCAUAUUUAAAAUGCACCUUUCGUUUACGUCAUUGACGCCGGUGUAAUUCUGAAUCCUUUCUAUGUUUGUUUUCCGCCUUUAGUUCAGUUUUAUGGCCUUUGAUUUCUAAUCACUCUGAACUUUGAGACAAAGCAACGAAGAUGACUUUAAACUCGCAAGGAACUACAUGAGAAACUGAAAUUAGCUUUUCCGCCUCGAGGUUCAGACGCUGACUUCAAACAUGAUUUUGUCUUCAACUAAAGACUUGAAAAAAAGUAAGCGCAGCCGGUGCGUACCUGAAGCGGGACUGGUCUAGAGAGCAACCUAUUAACUUGCCAAUGGAGGAGUCUUCUAGUCAUACACAGUAAGAACACUUACAUAUGUAAUGAAUCCAUUCACUGAAUCGCUUACUGAUUAUUAUUUAGUUAAUAAUUUAGCUAAACUUCCAAAAUAAUUAGUACACAUAAACUGAGCUUUUGGGGGCAAAAACCAAAUUUGGUUGGACAAUAAACCGAAUCCUUACAUGAUUAUGCACCAUAUAAAGAACUAAACUUGCUCAGCUAGUGUUGUAAUUUAAGAUUCCCAGAACCCGGCUGUGUGUCCGUGAAGAGCGACAUGUCAAGAGAACAACCAGUCGGUUUCCAGAAGGAAGACACUAUUCCCAGGUCAAGGUCACAGGAACCCAGCUGUGUGUCUAUGAAGAGCAACCGCUCUAUAGAGCAGCCAGUUCCUGUCCAAAAUGAAGACUCUUUUACUUGGUCGAGUGAUAAACGUGGGAGAACAGAAGUGUUCAGUGAAAAGCGCUUGGACAUUUUCAAGGAGGUCAAGCUCAAGGUCAUCGAUCUGAUGAAGGAAGAGUUGACGAGAUUCAGGAGGUUGUUGAGUCUGUCUCACUCAGCAUUCUCUGAGAGGGAGGUGAAAGAUGAAACAGCGCAGAACAGUGUCCAGGAGGCGGUACUGAAAAUCACCCUGCAUGUUCUCAGGAACAUGAAACUUUAUGACCAUGCCGCCACACUACAGAACAAAAUGAUCCCCGUGUGCCAGAAGAACUUAAAAUGUACUCUGAGGAGAAAAUUCCAGAGCAUCAACGAAAGACUUUUAAAACAUGGAAACUCCAAACUUCUCACCGAGAUCUUCACAGAGCUCUACAUCACAGAAGGUGAUAGGGGAAAGAUCAACAGCGAACAUGAAGUGAGACAGAUCGAGGACGAAGCUGUAAGACCAGGAAGUAAAGACAUCCCAAUCAAAUGCAGUGACGUCUUUAAACCUUUACCCGGACCAAAAGCGUCCGUCAGGACCGUGUUGACCAAAGGAGUUGCUGGAAUCGGAAAGACCAUCUCAGUGCAGAAGUUCAUUGUGGACUGGGCUGAAGGAAAUGAGAACAAUGACAUCCACUUCAUAUUUCCACUUCCGUUUAGGGAGCUGAAUUUUAUGAAGGAGAAAAAGCUCAGUUUGAUGGAUCUUCUUUAUCACUUUUUUCCGGAAACAUCAGAUUUACAUGAUUAUGCAGCGUACAAAGUUCUGUUUAUCUUUGAUGGUCUGGAUGAGACUCGUCUUCCUUUGGAUUUCCAGAACAACGAGAUCUUGCGCGAUGGAUCAAAACCUGCCUUACUGGAUGUGUUGUUGACAAAUCUGAUCAAGGGGAAUCUAAUCCCGUCUGCUCUCCUCUGGAUAACGUCUCGACCUGCAGCAGCCCAUCAAAUCCCUCCUGACUGUGUCGACCGGGUUACGGAAGUACGAGGGUUCAGCGAUGGUCAGAAAGAGGAGUACUUCAGGAAGAGGAUCCGUAGCCAAGGCCUGGCCAACAGGAUCAUUACAUACCUGAGGUCCACAAGGAGCCUGUACAUCAUGUGCCACAUCCCAGUCUUCUGCUGGAUUACAGCAACUGUUCUAGAGCGGAUGUUGACUGAGGCGGGGAGCGAAGACAUCCCAAAGUCUCUGACGCAAAUGUUCAUAUACUUCCUGAUCUAUCAGACUAAACAGUGGAAUCAAAGGUACAAUGAGAACUCUGAAAUGGAUUUCCACCAAACUCGAGACAGAAUUGUCGCUUUAGGAAAACUUGCUUUGGAGCAACUGAAACAAGGCAACCUGAUCUUCUAUGCGGACGACCUCAUGGAUUGUGGCAUAGACAUCAGGGAAGUGUCCGUGUACUCGGGAAUGUGCACCGAAAUCUUCAGGCAGGAAUCUGGACUCUAUCUGGGGAAGGUUUACUGCUUUGUGCAUCUCAGCGUCCAGGAGUUUCUUGCUGCUUUAAAUGUCUUUAUCUCUUUUAGCAACACUGAACGCUCGGAUGUUUCCAGGAACUCUGCCAUGACUGACCUACUCAUAAAAGCUGUAGACAAGACCUUACACAGUAAGAACGGACAUCUGGACCUUUUCCUUCGCUUUCUUCUUGGGAUCUCACUGGAUUCCAAUCAGGCUCUGCUCCGUGGUUUUAUAACACCAUCCGAAAGCUCUCGCAGCCGAGAAGAAAUCGUCACGUACAUCAAAGAGAAAAUCAGGGAGAAUCCAUCUCCAGAGGAAUCCAUCAAUCUGUUCCAUUGUCUGAAUGAACUGAAUGACCAGUCUCUAGUCCAGGAAGUCCAGAUGUACUUGAACCGAAAAGGUUUCCAACGUCUGACUGGAGUCAGGUUCUCUCCAGCGCAGUGGUCAGCUUUGGUCUUUCUGUUGUUGAAAUCAGAAGAAAAGCUGGAGGAGAUUAAUCUUAAUAAUUAUGAAAGGUCAGAGGAAUGUUUUCUCAGGCUGCUGCCAGUCAUCCAAGCAUCUAGAAAAGCUGUUCUGUGUUGGUGUCGGCUCACAUUGACGAGCUGUAAAGAACUAGCCUCCGCUCUCAGCUCCACCUCAUCAAAUCUGAGAGAGCUUGACCUGAGCAACAACCACGUGUAUGACGCAGGAGUGAAUCUGCUCUCCAAAGCUCUGAAGGAUCCAAACUGUAAACUGGAGAGUCUAAAGCUUUGUGGUUGUAACAUCACAGAGAAAAGCUGUGGACGUCUGGCAUCAGCUUUCAACUGUUCACGUUUGAAUAGACUGAAUCUGAGCAACAGUAUGCUGAAGGAUGAAGGGAUUGAGAUGUUGUGUGGUGCACUGGACAAUCCUAGCUGCAAACUGGAGAGCCUGAAGUUGAGCUGCUGUAAUCUGACAGAGCAAAGCUGUGCCUUCCUCGCUUCAGCUUUCAGCUCAAACCACUUGUGUCUCCGAGAGCUGAACCUGAGCAACAACACGCUCCGGGAUUCAGGAGUGAAGAUGUUUGCUGUUGUUUACUCUAAACUGGAGGUACUAAAGCUCCGCGCUUGCCGUCUCACAAAGAAAAGCUGUUCGGCCCUGAACUCCUUUCUUAACUCGGCUUCAUCUGGAAUACGAUUGCUGGACCUGAUUAACAACAACCUUCGGGAUUCAGUGAUGGAGAUGAUCUCUGCGGUGGAGAUGAAGCCACGCUCCAAACUGCAGACACUGAGGCUUCCUGGCUGCAGUCUGACACAAAGAAGCUGUUUGGUGCUGGAAAUUCUGCUCAGCGCAAAACUGACAGAACUGGAUCUUGGUAGAAACGACCUGUGUGAUUCGGGAGUGAAGCUACUGUCCGACGGACUGAAGAACAUGAGCUGCAAACUGAAGACACUGAAACUGUUUAACUGCGAGGUCACAGGUAAAGCCUGCGCUGCUUUGGUGUCAGCUCUGAUGUUGAACCCGUCGCAUCUCAGAGAGCUGAACCUGGGUGGGAACGAUCUGACAAAGUCAGCACUCAAUCUGCUGUUGGCUUUAGUGCAGGAUACUUUCUGCGCCCUGGAGAAAUUAGACUCUGGGAUACAGAAUGCGUGAAAUUCUUUACGGAGAUAGAUGACGUUCUUCCUUAUUCCAGCAACAGAGCAAGUAAACACAUGAGCGAAUACAAACUCCCUGCAUUAAACAACUGUUAAUCAGCGAGUCAUUUUUUGGGGGGAUACAAAGGAUUUGCUGUGACGUUUUCUUUUCUUCUUCUUAUUAUUAUAUCGUAUUUAAAAAAAACAGACUAUAUUUCCAGCAUUAAUUCCAAGUGACUGUAAUUUUUUAAUCGUCCACUAGAGGACACUAGAUAGGCGGCUAAUACUGACUUGACAAAAAACAUCAAUAAAUGAAUGAAGGAAGCAGAUUCUGUCUUUGAAUUUGGUCAUUAUGAUGAUUUUGUUUUCACCAAACUUUUUUUUUUUUAAGUGUAAAGAAAAUGAAUAAAUAUUGCUUUAUUUAUUUAGUAUGUUAUCCUGCUCACCAGAAUUCUGAGCAGCUUGUUUGAUUCGGUCAGUGAUACAACGAUGGAUUCUGACCAGAGUUUAUGAUUUAUUAUUGUUUUUCCCAUUUGUGUCUUUUUCUUUUACCAGACAUUAACUUCGUUAACGUACGACGUGAUGUAUUGUUUGAUGUAAUCUUUUGUUCUGUUUUCUGUACAUAGCCUCUAUUCAUCGAAGCAGUGUACUCUGUAAAUAAACGAAUGAAUAAAA